CAUUGUCGCCGCCAAGCUCGGAUUCUCAGGAAAAGAUCCGAUACACAAAACAUUCCUUGCAUGUUCAACAGACUUAGAUUUGAUAGCUAACUGGCAUGUUCUAACUUUAUCGCCAAUCUUCAAAAUGACAUAUUUGAAACUUUGCAGUCGUAUGCAUGCAGAAUUCUCUAACUUUGCAGCACAUUCCAAGGACCGAAAAGUUUCUGUGGACGCCAUUUUGUCAUUGGGAGAUACAAGACCCUUGAUUUAUUGAGAUAAUAUUGACUAAACAGACUAUUUUUUGCUUGAAGAGAGACAUAAACAUUAUAUUUGUACAUUCAGGGAUGGAUAUUUUGCAGUAGAUAUUCGGAAAAAUGGCGAAUUCCAAUACAACACUGGCCAGUUUGUGGAUGGAUGAUGCCCAAUCAAGUCCGAUGAAAAUAAUUCAGACAACGCCAACACGAGGAGCCAGUGGUGGAGGUGAAAUCAAAGACGAUAUUGUGAAAUUCUACAAAGAUUCUGGACUAGAACCAGUGGCAAAAGAGGUUGGUUUGUUGGAUGCUAAUGGUGACCUGACUGGUUUUAGAGAUCAAAAUGCAAGACAGAAUACAGUACAGUUGAUAGCUAUACCUGUUAGUAAUUCACCAGCAAAGAUGUCACCCUACAAGAUAAUCCAACAAGGUCAGCGACCCCUGAUAAGUUCUCCACAGAUAAUAGCAGCUAGUCCACAUACUCCAGGACAUAUUGGAGAAGCUGCAUGGAUAAACAGAAAAAGGGCUGCAGAAAUCACAAUAGAACCAGACUUCUCUGAUGGGAAAAGAGGAAAGAAGGGUGAAAAAGGUGGCAAAGGAUUGAGACAUUUUUCAAUGAAAGUAUGUGAAAAAGUUCAAAGAAAGGGUGUUACUACAUACAAUGAAGUAGCUGAUGAACUAGUGGCAGAAUUUAGUGAUCCUAGAAAUCUUACAUCACCGUCUGAUCAGGCGUAUGAUCAGAAAAAUAUUCGGCGUAGAGUUUACGAUGCAUUAAAUGUGUUAAUGGCAAUGAAUAUAAUAUCCAAAGAGAAAAAGGAGAUAAGAUGGAUAGGAUUACCUACAAAUUCUGCCCAAGAGUGCCAAAAUUUAGAGUCAGAAAAACAAAAGAAAAUAGAAAGAAUCAAACAUAAAACUCAGCAAUUACAAGAACUUAUACUACAGCAAAUAGCUUUUAAGAAUUUGGUGCAGAGGAACAGAGAAAUGGAACAAAGUCAGGGACCUCCAGCAGCAAACUCAGCUAUACAACUGCCUUUUAUUAUUGUUAAUACCAGCAAGAAAACUGUUAUUGAUUGUUCUAUAUCAAAUGACAAAUAUGAAUAUUUAUUUAACUUUGACAAUACUUUUGAAAUACAUGAUGACAUAGAAGUUUUAAAAAGAAUGGGUAUGGCUUUAGGAUUAGAGAAAGGCCAGUGUUCACAACAAGAUUUAACUAAAGCUAUCAAAAUGAUUCCAAAGUCUUUAUCACCAUAUGUGUUAGAUUUAGCCAAUAGUGGAAUGGCAAAUGCAGGUCAGAGUGGCAUUAGACCAAUGUCUACUGGACUGUCACCGGUACCACAUAGUUCUAGAUCAAAACCAGUUGCUUUAACUCAUCAUAGCACAGACACAUCGGACAUGGAGGUGGCAAUGGCAUGCCAAGGGAUAUCACAAGAUUCUUCCAGUGUAGGAUCCCAUGUUCCAUCGAGAGCAGCAACAGAAACACCAUCGGAAUUCUCUGAAGAGGAAGAAGAUGACGACAGAUCAAGUCCACUAGACAUGAGCUAGAGCUGGACUAUUUCUUUUUUGAAUCAGGGAUACAGAUAGGACUGUGUAGUAAAAUGUGAUUGUCAGGCCCAAAUUGUUGUUAUGAUCUGAUUAUGUAAUGAUUUUUAACAGUAUUGGUCACAUGUGAACAAGUUCAAUGUUUACUAUCUUUGUUAUGGUCCAUUAAUAAAAAGGAAGAACUUUAUAUAAGAUUUGGACUAGUGAAAUGGUUUAUUGUCAAGUGGAAUUUUCGAAAGAGAUUUUAUUUUGCUAAUUAGGCAAUUAAAAUAAAGUUGUGAAAGUAUUCAGAUAAAUUUAGCUUUUACUGAAAAUCAUAGGGGCAAGAAAAACAUGAAAAUAAAAUCUCACAAUCAGGAAAGGCCCUUGAAAUUGUGAAAUUAAGCUCUUUGAUAAUACCUCACUUUACAGUACUAGUACUACAUACAUGAUAACUGAUUUACUUAUGAGAUCGGAACGUUUUGUGGUUUCUAUAGCAGAGAAAGUGUAGUAUCACCAUACUGUUACUGCAUAUGUUUACAUUGACCAGUAUGUACCGUAUCAGGUCAGAUUGACAAGUUUUAUUAUGGUAUAACAUAACAAAGUGACUAUGGCCUAUUAAGUGUGGUACAGAAGAUGAAGGCAUACUUUAUUGGAAUGUGUGAUGUAUAUGAGCAGUCAGUUGGAUAUAGUUGUCAGUGUUAGUUUUCACUUCAUAAACACUUUCUACCUAUUUAUGUAAUACUUAUUUCAUAAUAAAUUUGACAUCUGCUCACCAAGGUUUGUAGGUUACAAAGUAAAGACAAAUCUCUCUGUAGUUUUACUUGUUGUUUAUGGAAGGAAAAUCAAUAUACAUCAUGUGAUGAGGCCUACGUUUCUUUAAAGCCUUCUAGAUUUUGAUACUUGUGUUUUACAUGUUGGCAAAUUGAUAUCUUUGGUUUCAUAAUGCAUUUUGUUUUUGGUUGAUUGACAUGUUUUCCUCUAAAUUUUGAAAUGCAAAAAUUAGUUAGAUUAGAUGAUAAGAAUUUAUAUUAUUCUUAAAUUUUAUGAACUGAAAAUAUGUUUACGGAAUGCAUGACCUGACAGCUGUAUUGAAAUGAUUGCUGGAUGAACUGUGUGUAUAUUAUGUGAACACAUUGUGAUAAUUUUAUGUUAUUUAUGCAGAAUUCACCAUGUCCAGUAACUCAGGACACAUGAAGAGAAUAUGUUCACAGCAUAGAAAUAUUUGUUAUUUCUAGUGAUUUGUUACAUUUUAGUAAUAGUUGACUGAAAAAUAAGAAGUUAUAUGUACAAAUGAUUUUCCGUUAUUUUUGUAUCAAAAAUUUGUAUGAUCAUGUUAGGAAGUUUUGCAGAGAAACAAUUUGAACAACAAAACUAUUAAACCAGAUCAAAUCGGCAAUAAGCAUUCAAUUUUUUUCCAGUACAUUACUUAUUUCCAUCAUUAGUUUGACAUUUAAAUUGCUGAAAAAGCAAUUAUUAGUAUUAUGUGGUUUGUUUUAGCAAAUACAUUAGUAACCAAGGUAACCCAACAGGUCUGUGGUCCUGUAGUUCUGCAUCAUAACUUUUUCUCUGUGACAUAAUGUCCUGACCUGUAAAAUUGUUAUAAAAGAUAAAAAUGAUUACCAAAACCUUAAUGUAUCUGACCGUAUAUUCUUUUUUUACAAAUGAAGUUUUUGAUACAUUAUCAGACUGAGAUUUUGAGAUAACAUCCUCCUUGCUUUGGCAUACUUAUACCCAAAAAUAUAUUACAAGUAUUGAAAUUUAAACUUGUAUGCCUAAUUUAAAAGAGCAUGGUAGAAUGAGCUGUUUUAAAAUUAUUGAAUAAAUAUUAUAUCUAUAUCUAUAAUGAUAAAUCUACUUGUCAUUCUGCAAUUAAGCCUUUUAUAUUUAAAACUAUUCUAAUAGAUAGGGAACAUGUUUAAAUUGAAUCAUAGGGUUGCUAACUGUUGUUCACCAAUUGUGUUCCAUGGUGUAAUGUGUCUUUUCUGCUGAAUGUUAACAGAGCAAUUAUUUUUUAGUAUUGUUGAUAGAAAAUAUUGUCUCAAAUUGAUACUGUUAUAUCGUA